CACAUACACAGUCACUGAUAACUCACUCAGACACACUCGCUCUCACACAGAGACUUGGUCUAAAUGCGUACUCCUACAGGUGCUGAGAGAGGCAGGUGAAAACCAGGUGGAAAAGCUAACAGAAAUAGAGAGAGAAAAGAUAUUUGGGGACGAUGGAGCAGCAGGAGUUCAAGUUGGAUGACAGCAGAAAGCACAGGCAGUAGGCUGCCAACAUGGCCAUUCCCAGGGGACAUCUUCCUCCCUCUCCUUGGCCUCCUCUCUUCCUCCUCCUUCUCUUCCUCCUGCUCCUCAUCUCCUCCCCGCUCCCCCUGCAGGCACGGCCACUCCUCAUCCACCCGUCCAUCAACGUGGCGGUGGUGUUCAGCGGCUCGAGCUACCAGAACGAGGUCAGGGGUCGUCUCAGCGGGGAAAACUUUGUCGACCUGCCCGUGGUGGUCAGCCCAGUGACCGUGCUGGUCAACGACACUAACCCCCGUGACCUGCUGACACGCCUCUGCGAUACUAUGGCAAUGGAGCGGCUGCACGGCGUGGUGUUUGAGGACGAUGUGGGCUCUGGUGCCGACGCUCAGGUGGCAGAAGUGGCCCAGAUCCUGGACUUCCUCUCCACUCAGACAGCUCUGCCAAUCGUGGGCAUCAGUGGCGGCUCUGCAGUUGUCAUACCAUUCAAGGCUGAGGGAUCCUCCUUCCUGCAGAUGGGAGCAUCUCUGGAGCAGCAGAUCGUCUGCAUGUUCAAGCUCAUGGAGGAGUAUGACUGGGGGGAGUUUGCGGUGGUCACCAGCAUGCUGCCGGGCUAUGACACCUUUGUGGAUAUAGUUCAGUCCUACACAGAUACCUCCUACUUCAUGUGGAAUCUGCAGGAUAUCGUGUCUCUGGAGAUGUCCGUUGGGUCGAAUGACGCCAAGACGAAGCGCAUUCUGCAGCAGGUGGACUCGCAGGUCCUGCUGGCGUACUGCUCCUACGAGGAGGCGCAGUACUUGUUUCGACAGGCAGCGGAGGUGGGUCUGCUGGGCCCCGGCUACAUCUGGAUGCUCCCCAGCCAGGCCGUGGGCAACCCCGACAGCCCUCCACCUGCCGACUUCCCCAUCGGGGUUAUUGGCGUGAUUACGGACCAGUGGAGGAAGAGCUUGAGGCAGAGGGUGAGGGAGGGUGUUGCCAUCGUUGCUAAAGGCGCCGAGAGCUUCAAGAAGCAGUACGGGUUCAUUCCUGAGGGACACGGUGACUGCAACAAGCUGGCUAAACACUCAGACAACAUGACUCUGUUCAGGCACAUGCUGAAUGUGACGUGGGAGAGGAAAGAUCUGUCAUUCAACAACCAGGGCUUCCUCUCCAACCCGUCCAUGGUGAUCGUCGCUCUGGACCGGGAGAGGCUCUGGGACAAGGUGGGAACUUACGCCCGAGGGAUCCUUCAGGUCCGCUACCCGGUCUGGCCUCGGUACGGCAGCUUCCUGGAGCAGGUGUCCGAUGACCGCCACUUAACCGUGGCCACGCUGGAGGAGCAUCCCUUCGUUAUGGUGGAGAACGUGGACCCAGGCACCGGCACUUGUGUCCGCAACACGGUGCCCUGCAGGCGGCAGUCCAACUACACAGAGAGCAUUAUCGGCCACUCCGAGUCCUACACCAAGCUGUGCUGUAAGGGCUUCUGCAUAGACAUCCUGAAGAAACUGUCCCGCACCAUCAAGUUCUCCUAUGACCUCUACCUAGUCACAAACGGGAAACAUGGCAAGCUGGUCCGUGGGACUUGGAACGGCAUGAUUGGGGAGGUCUUUUACAGGCGAGCGGACAUGGCCAUCGGCUCUCUCACCAUCAACGAGGAGCGUUCGGAAAUCAUCGACUUCUCCGUGCCGUUCGUUGAGACCGGCAUCAGUGUCAUGGUCGCCCGCAGCAACGGGACCGUUUCCCCAUCUGCCUUUCUUGAGCCCUACAGCCCUGCGGUGUGGGUCAUGAUGUUCGUUAUGUGCCUGACCGUGGUGGCCGUGACAGUGUUUGUGUUUGAAUACUUCAGUCCAGUCGGCUACAACCGCAGUCUGGUCAGCGCCAAAACUACUGGAGGUCCAACAUUCACCAUCGGGAAGUCCGUGUGGCUGCUGUGGGGCAUCGUCUUCAACAACUCUGUCCCCAUUGAAAACCCCAAAGGAACAACCAGUAAGAUCAUGGUCCUGGUCUGGGCCUUCUUUGCCGUCAUCUUCCUGGCCUCUUACACUGCCAACUUGGCCGCCUUCAUGAUCCAGGAGCAAUAUAUCGACACAGUGUCUGGGCUCUCCGACAAGAAGUUCCAGAAACCGCACGAACAUUACCCACCUUUCCGCUUCGGGACGGUCCCAAACGGGAGCACGGAGAGGAACAUCCGCAGCAACUACCCCGACAUGCACACACACAUGAUGAAGUACAACCAGAAGGGGGUGGAAGAAGCUUUAGAAAGCCUCAAAACCGGGAAGCUGGACGCCUUCAUCUACGACGCUGCUGUUCUGAACUACAUGGCCGGGAAGGAUGAGGGCUGCAAGCUGGUGACCAUCGGCAGCGGGAAAGUGUUUGCCACCACGGGAUACGGCAUCGCUCUGCAGAAGGACUCCCGCUGGAAACGACACAUUGAUCUGGCGCUGCUGCAGUUCCUCGGAGACGGAGACACUCAGCGCCUGGAGACGGUGUGGCUGUCGGGCAUCUGCCAGAACGAGAAGAACGAAGUGAUGAGCAGCAAGCUGGACAUUGACAACAUGGCAGGCGUCUUCUACAUGCUGCUGGUGGCCAUGGGCCUCAGCCUGCUGGUCUUUGCCUGGGAACACCUGCUCUACUGGAAGCUGCGACACUCUCUCCACAAGUCUCACAAACUCGACUUCCUGUUGGCCAUCAGCAGGGGUAUUUACAGUUGUUUCAAUGGAGUGGAGGAACCCGGGCGUUCGUCUGGUUUGGCCAAACCUGACCUGACCUCCAACUACGCUCAAGCAAACAUGCUAAAGAUGCUUCGCACUGCCAAGGACCUGGUCUCCACUGCCAAUGUUGAGACCUCUCUGGACAACGCCACCAAGACCAUCGAGCAGCUGAGUCGUCAUGGCGGCAGCUUGCCUGUUCGUAUUCCACAAGUCGCAACGGAGGCCGUACCCGGAGGGUUUGCUUACAUCACUGAGAACCACUGCCCCCUGACCCCCCCUCUGACAGCUGUUACUCUGAAGCAGCAGAGGGGUAUGACCAGGCCCACACCACUGCGCUACACGCUCCCGACUCGCUCUACGUCAUGUCUGUACGACCGGCCGCUUCCUGUGUCCAGCCUCAGCAGCCCCCACCUGGCCGUGGGCGAGCCGCUCCCCCAUCAGCACCCACACCACUACCAGACCACAGGGAGGCUCUACGUAGACACCCACCCUCACUCUCCCUUCAUCCCGUACACCGACCUCCAACUACCGGACAUCUACGCCUCUCACCCGCACAUCGCUUCGCCUCAGAGUCAGCAAUUCCAAGCGGGCUUCUCCCGGCGGAAAAGGAGGUCCAAGAGCUUCCAGUGUGACGACGGGGACCUGGAGAGGAGAAAAUACAGGGACCAGGAGAAGAACGACAAGAGUCCCGUCUAUCUGAGCGAGCUCAAAGCCAACCACCUCCAAGACAACCACAUCUCCGCCCCCAGCGUUGAAAGCAUCUACUCCGGGGAGGGGAUGUGUCCUCGGGUAGAGAACUACAGCUCCUGGCCCCCGGAGGACCUGGCGCUGAGAGGGAGACGCAGGCACCGCCGCCCCUCUUUCCUCAAAGCGACCUGGGGCAACGAGCAGAUGCGCCAGCUGGACGAAUCCCAGUCGUCCCUGUCAAGCCAAUCACCUACCGCCCUGCCAGACCUGUUCCCGUGCAUUCUUACACCGACCACACCGGCGAAGGCCCACAACCCCGUCAACCUUCGAAACAACCUGUGCCUCCCACGGAACCAGGCCUACCUCCACAUACGGGAGGACCAGAGGAGGCCCAAUGGGCGUAAGGGCCAAAAGCUGCGCUACUCCCAUUCCGCCCACCUCCCCACGUACGGAGAAGCGGUGCGACACGGGGCUGGUUUGGGUCGGGGGAUGGUACGCAGAGCCACCAGCUUGCUCAGCAGACAGUACGCCCACUACCUGAACUCCUACCCUGGACUACCCCUCUACCACGGCCCCCUAGACCUGCAGCACCACAGCCAGGCCUCCAGCAGCCACCCGAGCCCAGUGUGCCAACUGCUGGCCUGUGGUGGCGGGAGAUGUGGAGGCCAGCGGGCUCUUCUGUACCAGGACAGUGUGUAUGGGGCUUAUGGGGUCUAUCAGGGAUCCCAGACUGGAUCAGAGGUCCUGGCAGGUCAGGGAGCAGGGGGCCAGCCUGCGGGGAGCCCCUGCGUUCUUCGUCCCUGGCGGCGGGUGUCCAGUCUAGAGUCUGAGGUCUAGAGAUGGAUACUGUGGAGGACAAGACUUAAUAUGAUCACUGUGGAGAACAGGAAGUGGUUAGAUUAAUGAAAAAAGUGGAGAAGUUCUGACUUGAAGUAAUUGUUGGUUUUCUAUGUGACUUUGUGUGGUACAGAAUAGAAGUUUGGGUCUGCAAAUUUCACAGAUGUUUAGGACUUUUUGAUGUAAACUACGGUAAGAUAAGGAGGAAAGGAAAGCUGGGAUCGGCAGGUUUUACUCACUUGCUACUUUCCUAUGACGCUUGUGUGUUUUCUGUGCUUUAAUGUGCACUAAGAUUUACAACAGUCCACGGUGUUGGCGCAUGGUUAAACUAUAACCAGAGUUUUCAUGCUGUGUGUGUUGUGUAUAUUUCGUCGUGGAUGGUCGGGGUGUCGUCGAGUAGAUGAACUGUUUACAGCCAAGGGGAGAAAUAGCGGAGAGAAAUAAGGGACUGUCUCUUUAAAUACAGCCACCAAAAACAAGCAGCCACUGUAGCAAGAUUUGUGAAGACAGCUGAAGAGUUUAAUUCCAAAAUAAAAGCAUUCAAUAUUAAAACACUUUGACUCCAGACACAGAAGAGCCGCAGUUUUUCUAGAAUAAAAUAAUCAUUUUGAGACAUCUGUUAAUGAAUUUCAGGUAACUUCUUUUCAAAGAUUUAUAAUGUUUUGGAGCUAAACCCUUCAGGUUGUCAUUUAGUGAUGAGUCAGAGGAAGCAGAGGUUUUGUGAAAGCAGUCCAUAUGAACACAAUCUGCAAAGCGAUGAAAGCAUUGGGACAGCACUGACCAGCACUAGGUGUCUUAAACCAUGGAUUCUUGUUCCUCACUGGGUCUCAGUACGAGGCUGCAGUACAGCACAACAUCACACAGGGCCUCACAAUAAAUCAAUUCUGCAUCUAUAUACUAUAUCGAUAUAGAGAAAAUGUGUUAUUUGAGGAUGGUUACAGUCAUAUUCAUGUAUUCUACAUAUGAUAGGAAUUUAUAGUCACUCUUAAAAAUUUUCUAAUCACACUUAUAGCACAUUUUUCUUUUUGUAAAGCUGUCGCCGAUUUACUUAAAUAUUUGUUAUUACUGUAUUAACUCUUAUAAGUUGGCCUAUAUUAAGAUUUUCAUCACUUUCUCAUGUCCACUCUUUUAUAUUCCCCUCAUCAUCCCUGUUUUCCCCACCUCCCCCCUCUUAACUGUUUAAUGAUCAAAUUUAAAUGAGGUAAUUGAAAGCUAUUCCAGUAUCUAUAUUACCUGCCUCCCUCACCCUGUAAUUAAUCACUUAGACCAAUUAAAGAGCCUUUUUGGAUGAACAUGCA